AAGAAAGAGUUUUAGCACAGAUUAAAUAUAGUGGAGUAGAGUGGCACAUGUGAUAUAUGAUUGGUGAAAAAGAGAAACAGUGAAACGUACCUACACCUACAGCCGAUGUGAUUACAAGUUGUAAAUAAUUUUAUCCGCAUUUAUUAAGUUUAGAACCAAUUUUCUUCAUCUCAGUCAAAGUUCUUUGUCUUAGAAAAGUACCUGGUACAACUAGCGGCAAUCUUCGAUCAAACAAAUCAAUUGCCUGCUCUGUGAAUAGUGAAUAAGUUUGAAUACAAUUAGUAUGAUCGACGACAAAGUUGAAAUGAAUAACGACGGUGAAAGCUAUUCAAGUUUGAAUACAAGUGAUCCAAAAAAUGUUCAAGAGCUAACCCAAUAUGUUCAAAGUUUGCUCCAAACAAUACAAGAUAAGUUCCAGAAUAUGUCUGAUCAGAUAUUGACUAGAAUUGAUGAAAUGGGUAAUAGAAUUGAUGAUCUGGAAAAGAACAUCGGAGAUUUAAUGACACAGGCAGGAGUUGAGGGAACUGAUAAAUAAUAUUAACUCACUACAUCACAGUGUCGCAGUAGAGUUAACUUUGAUUUCAUGGGUUUGGCCCAUUCUGUUAACAGUCUUGUUGAUCUGGUCAUCGAAAUAAAUAAUUAAUGUGA